AUGACGCAAGCCAGGAAGUUUAAGUACGACGUCAUCGGAGUGACCGAGACGAGGCGACGCCACCCACUGAGCGCCGUGUAUGACACUGGAGAAGAAGUGUUAUUAGGAACAUGCGACAGUAGAAGAGUUGGUGGAGUUGGUGUCUUCGUGAAGAAGAAUAUGGCAGUAAACAUCGACUCUUUUAAACAACUUACGUUCACGAAUGAGAAGAUGCGGUUCAACAUCAGCCUUCACAGUUCUCGUCGUUUACGCUCCAACAUCAAGCUACGAAGGAGAAGUAGUCGAAGCUUUCUAUGUGGACCUGGAGAAGUUCUACAGAGAAGAUUAUAUCUUCUACAAAGUUAUAAUUAG